UCCAGUCGGUUGAGAGAGCUUGCCUUUGCUCUGGUGCUUCACUGCUAGCCCAGCAAAAUAGCCCCCAACGGCGACCACUGAUGGAGACUCUGACCGCCUCCUCUGUUUCCAGCAGGCCCUGGGUGCUCCAGUUCUUCCGCAACCUCUUUGGGAGCACCAGGCAUGUCUCACAAGAGAGGCAGCCAUCCAAGGUGGAGGCAGAAGAGAAAGAGGCGGUUGGAGGCCAGCUCCUGGACUGUCCUCUGGGACUGUCCGAUACGGACGCCAUGUUGCCACCGGAUGAGGAGCCUGCCAUGACUGAGCUGCCCUCCUGCGAUAUCCAUGAGGAUGUGAUAGAGAGCCACAUCGAAGGGCUGUCGCUCCGAAAGGAUAGCAGAUUCCGGCAGGCCAUCCCAAGAAAUAAGAAGCUUUCUGAUUUGCUUCGCUCGGCUGAGGUGGAGAAGAAAGGCUCGGAGGGCCUCACUAGCUCCAUGAUAAGUCAGUUGGUGGAGCAGCCAGGAGAAGGAGCUCCAGCCGCAGGAGAGAAGAAAAAUGAGCCUAAUGUCAAAGAAAUAGUGGGAAAGAAUGAAGUCUUACAGGAUCUGCAGGAAGAUGAAGGAGUCUCCAUGGUUGUGGACUCCAUGGCAGAUGUUAAAGAUUGUAGUGUUGAAGAGGAAAAAGAGCAUCUACUGAAAGAGGAUGAACAAACAGAACCUCCAAAAGCUGAGGUUUCUCCUUGGAACAGACUCAUCAAUAUGUACAAGCAACGUCGGAGGCUUCCUGCUUCAAAAGUGACUCACCAAGUGAUUCCACCACAACCGCUAAUUGAAGAUGAAGCCACACUGGAUCUAAUGAUAUAUGGAAUGGCAGCACCUAAGGCCCAUGUCACCUUAUCAAAUUCCUCUGGGGCUGACUGUGCCUAUGGGCUUCCUGAAACCGAGGCCAGAGAAAAUGCUGGUGAUUGUGAGGUAACAGAGAAAAAUGCAGGAUCAAAUGAUGAAGCAAGCCUGGAGCAUCCUAAGAAUGUGUACUGAAAAACUGCUGUUGGAGUCAUCUUGAGCCUGACAACUGUGUGUCCUUCUAUGCUUUGCUCACUGGAAGAUGAUCUACUGAGAGUUCUUAUUUGCAAUUUGUAAGGAAUUGUUCAAAUCCUUGACUUGUUUUUGUGGAUUCUUCUUUUCUUUCUUCUUUUAUCUUUCCUUUUCUGUCUUUGGAAUAAGCAGACAUGGGUUUUAAGAGUAUUUUUCACAUUGAUGGAUUGCUCCAUCUUCCCUUCCCCAAAUAAUACUCCAUCUUCCUUCCCCACUCAGCUCAUUAAAUAGAAUUUUACAGUGAA